UAUCAAGCCCAGCUAACGUGUAAGUUUUUCUCUAUGAGGCUUCACUGCAGAGACAGUUGUGUGCGCGUGCACAUUCCUUAGUGGGAACAUUUUAAAUAUUUUUAGGAGGUUGUGUCUGUGUCCCACAAACUUUAGUAGCCGAUUUCACCCUUAGACCAAUGUGACAAGUGGGUGUAUGUUAGUGUCAGAGUGAGGGGGAGAUCCCUGUAAGGAGCCAAUCAGCGCCUCCCCCUAGUUGAUUCUAAAUUAAAGGCAGAAGCGCAGCACUGUUAGACCAGUCAGGGAAACCCCAGAACAAGGAGGGAGAUUUGCCGGAGAGUAUCGAUUCUAUUGCGCAGGGAUUGCACUAAAUUAGUGCCUCUACGGACAUGACAACCACCAACGGAGCUAUAGAAAACGGGCAACCGGAUAAGAAGCCCCCAUUGCUCCCCAGGCCAAUUACUAACCUGGAGAUCCUGCACCGACAGAUAUUUAUUAACAAUGAGUGGCAUAAGUCUAUAAGUGGCCGGACUUUCGCUGUGUUUAACCCAGCCACGGGAAAGAAGAUAUGUGAUGUGGAGGAAGCAGAUAAGGCAGAUGUUGACAAGGCUGUUGAAGCUGCCCGUGCUGCAUUUCAGAGGGGCUCUGCGUGGAGAAGGCUGGAUGCCAAUGGCCGAGGGAGACUGCUACACAAACUUGGAGACCUCCUGGAAAGAGAUAGAGUUCUCUUGGCUACUCUGGAAUCCAUGGACACGGGGAAACCCUUCCUUCAUGCCUUUCUAAUAGAUUUGGAGGGUUGCAUUAGGACCCUGCGUUAUUUUGCAGGCUGGACUGACAAAAUACAGGGCAAGACAAUUCCUGUAGAUGACAGCUUCCUGUGCUUCACUGUACAUGAACCCAUUGGAGUAUGUGGGGCUAUUACACCUUGGAACUUUCCUUUGCUCAUGCUUAUCUGGAAGAUGGGCCCUGCUUUGUGCUGCGGCAACACCUUAGUCAUUAAACCAGCAGAACAGACUCCCCUCACAUCUCUCUACAUUGGAUCAUUGAUCAAAGAGGCUGGCUUCCCUCCUGGAGUAGUCAAUAUAGUGCCAGGAUAUGGACCUACAGCUGGAUCUGCCAUCUCCCACCACCCUGACAUUGAUAAGAUUGCAUUCACUGGAUCCACAGAGGUUGGUAAACUGAUCAAGGAAGCAGCUUCUAAAAGUAAUCUGAAACGUGUCACUUUGGAGCUCGGAGGGAAAAACCCAUGCAUCGUGUUUGCAGAUUCUGAUUUAGAGCUGGCCGUAGAGUGUGCUCAUCAAGGAGUCUUCUUCAACCAAGGCCAAUGCUGCACAGCUGCUUCACGUGUCUUUGUGGAGGAGUCGAUUUACCCAGAGUUUGUGAAACGCAGUAUAGAAAAUGCCAAGAGCCGCCUCUUAGGGGACCCAUUUGACCCCAGAACUGAACAAGGACCACAGAUUGAUCAGGACCAGUUUGAUAAGAUCUUGGAAUUGAUACAGAGUGGCAAGGAGGAAGGAGCUAAGUUGGAAUGUGGGGGCUCGGCUAUUGAGGAGAAAGGAUUUUUCAUUAAACCCACUGUAUUUUCUGAAGUUACUGAUAAUAUGAGGAUAGCAAAAGAGGAGAUAUUUGGGCCGGUUCAAUCCAUCCUGAAAUUCAAAAACCUGGAGGAUGUAAUACAAAGAGCAAACAGUUCAGAGUAUGGAUUGACAGCUGCUGUGUUCACCAGGAGCCUGGAUAAAGCACUGGCUGUUGCCUCAGCCCUGCAGUCUGGCACAGUGUGGGUUAACUGUUACAAUGCUCUGCAUACACAAACGCCAUUCGGAGGAUUCAAGAUGUCUGGAAACGGAAGGGAACUUGGAGAGUAUGCUCUGGCAGAAUACACCGAGGUUAAGACAAUCACCAUUAAAUUAUCACAGAACAACCACUGAAAAGGAAGCAGCUACCUACCGGAACAGAGAAUGGAUAAGAACUGAAAAGUAAUGCCAGCAGUCCUACCAAAAUACAGCUGGAGCUCUGUGUCUUUUUUUUUUUUAAUCUAUUUUAAAAGGACAAAGAAAGCUGAAAUCCAUGUGUCUGUCUGACUAAAGACCCAUUUUAAUUACCUACACAAGUAGAUAAAUUCAAUUUUAACCUCUUGUUGGCAAAACCUUCAGUGGGCUGUUUCCAGUGAUUAACCCCAGUUCCUGCUGUCAUUGCUUUCAGCCAUGUGUGUCUUUGUUGUAGAGCAUGUGCAGUGCUCCAUAGUCCAUACAGAAUUCUGUGUGUGUGCAGAGCAUUAACAAUAUUGUUCCUGACUGAAGGUUAAAUUGAAGGCUUGUCUCAAUGGUCAUCAGGGAAACUCCACUCUACAUGGACAAUGGUCCAGUAGUGGUCAAAGUGUCUCUGUCUUCUGAAUGAAGCAAAUCGAAUUUUACAUUGUGAAGAUCUUUAAACAAAUGUUUUUUUAAUGACACCAAAAAAAAAAACAGGGUUGUUGUAAUGUUAAAUGUAUAGCCUUCAAUGAACACUGAAUUUUUUCUCAGUGCAUAUGCAUUUGUAGUUAGGGCCGGGAAUAGCAAUAAUAAUUCCGUAAGUGUCCCUCGACAACUAGCAUCAUUAGGGUAAUGUCAUAUGGGGGAUUGUAAGUGUUUUCUGGGAUACACAGCUUGAUAGGCAGGUUUUACACAAUUGCCGUGCAUGGGAAAUCGAUUAUCACUUAGAAACAUUUGCCGCCAUGUUGCCGACAAGAGCACAAGUUAAAGCUAACUGCUAUGUUAACAUCACUGGUACAAUACAAGAUAUUCUGAGCCAUAAUACAUUAUGCCUAGAUAAAUGAAAUAUAUAUACAUAUAUAUAUAUAUAUAUAUAUAUAUAUAUAUAUAUAUAUAUAUAUAUAUAUAUAUAUAUUAUAAUAUAAUAUAUCAGGCAAAUUAGAGCAUUGGGUCUAUGAAGGAAUGACAUGGAAGUCUUAUGCAGAGCCGUUGAUCAUAUGCAAUGCUGUUCUAAGACAGGUAUUUUACACUUGCCCAAAUAAUAUCUGAAUGAGCUGUAUUUACAUAACAGCUGGGGUGAGGACUGGCUUAUAACCAGACAAAAAGGAGCUCAUUUAGUCAAUAGUGAGCAAAUGCCUGUGUAAAUAUGGGUGGCUUAUGAAAAUCCAGCUCUAUUCACAGGCAUACAUGUAUGGGCGAAGACACACUUGUAGCACCUACUUUUCACAGCUACAAAUAUAGAAAAAUGCUGAUAAUUUACUGAUAACUGUGUGUUUUGGCAAAGGCAAUUCUCAGUAUUGUCUAUUGCAGGGUAUUUUUUGGCAUUUGUAGACAUGACAAGUAACUGCUACUAAGUAACUCUGUGUGACUUCACCUUAAAGGGGUCUUUGGUAAGCCCUAUGUGAUUGGGUAAGUAGCAGAAUAGUGCAGCUGUGGAGUGGGCCUCUCUGGAGAUCUAGUUAUAGGCUGCAUAUGUGGUCUCUUUCUGUCUCCCAUGAGACAGGGAAUCUUUCACUGUAUCGGCAAUACUAAUACAUCUAUGAAUGGAACAGAAUCAGGGGGGUGGUAAAGAGCUAUAGACAGGAGAGGUAAGAAAAGAAAAAUGGUUGUAUGAAAAUUAUAUUCAUUUAUAUGCAGUUUAAAAGCAAUGUCUUAUAAUUAGAUCUGUAAGAAUAUCUUGUAUUUAAUGUAAGUCUAUGUAAUGCAGGGAGGAGGUCUACAUCACAUUCACCAGAAAUCAGGAACAUAAGCAAAAGAAUGUAAAGCUACUAAGCAUUAUCAAUCCUUUUGCAUUUUACUUGAUCUCGUUCUUUGCUUGGCUCUCCCACAUCCUGUGCCCCAGUAGUUUAAGGCUAGGGCCACACGGGAAGAUUCAGGGAGAUUGGUCGCCUGGCGACUAAUCGGCGCGUCUUUGAGGCGACUAAUCUCCCUGAAUGGCUUGCUGGUAUCUCGCACCCG